ACUUUAUGAAUAUAUCAUACUGUCAAGCUAUCAAAAUUAUACCAUAUGCACUUGUAUUUGAUCAAGAUCCCUACUGUUAUUUUUCUUUGCUUGAAGAACUCAAACAUCAAGGAUUUGAAAAUGAAGAAGAUCUUCCAGAAUCUUUUACCAAUGCUCUUGAAGAAAAAGCAAGAGAAAUGAGACAAGAAGAUGAUGUCGAUAACCAAGACACCAAUGCUCAGACUCAAGCAGAACAAGAUAUGGCAAAUCAAACCAAAAAUGUCCACCAAACAACACAUUAUUUUGUUCGUGCUUUAGCAAAUGCUAAUUUAGAACAUUAUCCUCACAAUUUGGAGCGAGAAAUGGUUGCCAGAAAUCAUCACAAACAUCCAUUAAACUAUAAAAAAAAUGAUCUCGUCAUUCUUGCAAUUCCCAAAAUUGACCGAAGCAAUACUGAUCCAACUUUACCAUGCAAGAUUAUUGAAAAACUUUCCAGUGGCAACAUUCGUAAUGCCGCAAAUCUUCAAGCUAUGGCAGCUACACAGGAACAAAAUAUAGUUGUGCUGGCGCAUAUGAUUCAUAUAAAUGUUGAUGUAAAAAAGCUAAAGUACCAUCCAGCCAGAAUGUCGACUGACAAUCUGGCCAGCCAGAUCGACGAUGACAAAUUGGGGUUUAUAUUAAGUGAAUGUCUUGCUCAACUUUCAACCUCAUAUCCACAGACGAAUCAAACCUCUUUAACAUUCCAUAAUUCAGCAAUUCUUUAG